GUUUGUUCCUACCCGAGUUACUAAACGCGAUGCACCGUUAAUGCCAGUGUUUUGGCAUUUGAUUCCCGUCUUCACCGAUGGACUGACCUCCUCCAGCAGAGAUGUUGCUGAAAGAUCUCCCGCGGGACGCCCUGCUGCGACCUCUGUCCAGAAAUGAAGUGUUGGGCAUGAUUCUGAGGCUGACCAUCUUUGGCGCUGUGACAUAUUACGGCAUCAAAUGGGCGAUGGACGCUAUGGACCCUACCUCCAAACAGAAGAGCCAAGCCAAGAAAAGGGCAGAACAGCUGAUGAGGAGGAUCGGCGUUGAGGGCGUCAGUCUGACAGAUUAUGAGAUGAACAUAGCGUCUCAUCUAGUUGAUCCACAGACGAUGAAGGUGACCUGGAGGGAUAUCGCAGGUCUGGACGAGACGAUCAACGAGCUGCAGGACACCGUCAUCCUGCCCUUCCAGAAGAGACACCUUUUAACUGGAUCCAAACUCUUUCAGCCGCCAAAAGGUGUUUUAUUGUUUGGUCCUCCAGGAUGUGGGAAGACGAUGAUCGCUAAGGCAACAGCCAAAGCGUCGGGCUGUAAGUUCAUCAACCUGCAGGCGUCCACGCUGACGGACAUGUGGUACGGCGAAUCACAGAAGCUCACUGCUGCCGUCUUCUCAUUGGCUGUCAAGAUCCAGCCCUGCAUCAUCUUCAUCGAUGAGAUUGAUUCGUUUCUGAGGAACCGCUCCAGCCUGGACCAUGAGGCCACGGCCAUGAUGAAGGCCCAGUUCAUGAGCCUGUGGGACGGCCUGGACACUUCCUCCACCACCCAGGUGAUGGUGAUGGGAGCUUCUAACAGACCACAGGAUGUAGAUCCAGCCAUUCUGCGCAGGAUGCCCGCCACGUUUUAUGUUGGCCUGCCAAGCACGAGACAAAGACAAGACAUCCUGAGGCUGAUUUUAGCGGGAGAAAACCUGAGCAAUGCCAUCAAUCUGAAGGAGAUCGCAGAGCGGACAGUGGGAUACUCGGGCAGCGACCUGCGGGAGCUCUGCAGAGACGCCGCCAUGUACCGAGUCAGAGACUACGUCCGCAAGGAGCAGAUGAGGCAGAUCGCUCAGCAGCUGCAGGACAGCGAGGAGGAGGAGAGGCCGGUGGAUCAGGAGCGUCUGCGCCCCGUCACCCAGCUGGACCUCCUCUUCGGUCUGGACAAGAUGAAGGAGUCCAAGCAGGCCACGGUCGCCAUGUUUCCUCUGGAGGUACCGCUGGACUGAACUCUGGGAACACAGGGAACACUUUCCCCUCUUUUAUCUGCAGAAUAUCAGAGGCUGGAAAAGCAGGAAAAUCUGACUUUUUAUUUAUUGAGAGAAGGGUUUUUUUUUGGUCUGAGCAUGCUCACUUUCAGCACAACCCUGCUACCUGUGGAAAAACACUUAAUUUAGUCUCAAAUUGCGAUAUACAAUAGGAGGGAGUGACUGCUGUUACACACUUCUCUCCUGCACCACUAUAAGGUUUCAGAUACUGUCCUUAAAAAUGCAUUUCACACGAUCAUUAUCAGAGGGGAUUAAGUGACUCUGGACCUUUGCUGUUUGACUUCUAAAUCAAUUGUCUACUAACUUUAUUUUCUGGGUGUUUGAUAACAAAGGAUUGAAUCCCUUUUUGAAUCUGAGCUCUUUGGAAGAUAUCAUGUAUCUGGCCCUGGUUGCAUUACACUAUAUUCUCUACAGAUGUUGUUGUGUGGUAGGACAUUAGUCCGUAAUGCAUCUCAGCCACAUGACGUCCCAAAUAACAAAUAGCUUUUUCAUUUUCAGGAAAUACCAAUCUAACUGUAAUAACUUUCCUGUUGUUUUUCUGAACUGGCUUAGAUAGCUCUCUCCAGCUGGUUGAACUGAUUCUGUUUUUGUUUUUUUUAAAGCUGACAGGAACACUGUAAUUCUUCAGUUUUUGCUCUCCGUGAUCAUUUCCAUUGUGUUAUGUUUGUUUGAUUGCUUCUUGACUUAUUAGAAGUAAUAGAGAAUGCACUUAGCCGGUGUGAGGAUUUAACAGAAAGCAGUAGCAAUGCAAUUAUUUUCAGGUCUUAUAACAUAAAACGGUUACAUGUAUGUUGCCAUGCUUUCAAAUCACGCUAUGUAUCAAUAGAUAAAGGGAAGAACAAAGUCAGCUACAGGUGAAAUGUAAAACAAUCUGUGUAACACCUAGUCAUGUAGUCGCUUGAGUCAGGUUUGAAAGGUACUGUAGACAAAAGCAAAUCACUAAACAAACAUUCAACUAGUGUCAAAUAGAGUUUAAACUUCAAUCUGUAGUUGGAAGAACUUCUAAACCGAGCUACACGCGACAAUAAAGACACGGAUAUAAGCUGUUACAUCAAUAUAAAUCGUUACUCUGCUAUCAAUGGCUAUAAUAUGAUACAAACCUGAUUAUUACAGCUGUUAGUAGAUGAAUUAUAGGAAUUGUGCAUGUCUGUGAAUGUGAAAGAAAAUGCUGGGUAAGAGUUAAGGAUACUUUAAAUGCAAUUAAAGUUAACCAAUUUCAAGGUCAUAAGCUGUUUUAGUGCUGAUUUGUAACAGAAAAUAGUCUGCACUUAUUGUCUUCCAACAGCUGUUACCUCUUUAUGUUCAAUCUGUCCUGGGGCACAAAGAGUGUUUUUCAAGUGUCAUAUUUAUUGUCACUUUGAAUGUUUUUAAUAAAUGAACUUCCUGUCAAUCACCACUGCAACGCA